AUGAAAAGCAAACCCGCCAAUUCAAUCCAAUCCCAUCUUCCAAUCUCCCAGCCCUUCAAAACGCUGCUGUCCACUCUCAACCCUACUAUUCUCCUAGCCCUAGCCCUCACGGCAAUUGCCUCCCCAGUCGCCAACCCCAUCCCCGAGACCAACCUCAUCGAGCGCGACCUUAUCCCUCGCGCACAGGUCAAACCUGUCGACUGCAACGGGGUCAAAUUCACGACCACGGACAUCAACAACGCUCUCAAGCAAGCGAAGGUCGUGCAGACCGCCAAGGACGAAAAGAAAGCCGGCUAUGGCAAAUACCCCGCGUUCUAUGGCGAUGGGGAGAAGCUCUUUCAGUCCACUAGCAACCUGUAUGAGUAUCCGUUGGUCGAUGGGAUUUAUUCCGGAAGCGAGUUGCUCUUUUCUUUUCAAACUACCGCCGGUGAGCCGGGUAAAUACCGGGUCAUCAUGAAUGAGAAGUACAAGUACAUGGGCUCGACUUAUCACCCCCCCUGGAACGGGAGAUACCGUCAAGCGGUGCAAUAA